AUGACACUACCAUUUGCUUAUGUCACAUUACUUUAUUCAGCGUCGUAUAUUCCUGGGGCAUUGGUCCUUGCUAAUUCUCUUAAAAAACAUCACAACAUCGCAGGGAAACUCGUUUGCUUGAUUCCCAAGGACAAAAUCUUCACCAAUCACCAGCAAAAUGUGUUGUCUCUGGCAUUCGAUCAAAUGAUUUCCGUCGAUGUGUUUGCCUCGACCAAUGCCACCGAUAUUGCCAACUUGAACGAAUUGACGAAACGGCCAGAACUCGUGCAAACAUUGACGAAAAUUCAAGUAUUCAAGCUCUAUGAUCGUUUUGAGAGGAUCGUAUAUUUGGAUUGUGAUAUGUUGGUAUUGCAAAACAUUGAUAAUUUGUUAUUAGACCCACGAACUGAAGUGCAGGAAAAUGAAAUCUACGCGGUCCCGGAUUCCGGCUGGCCUGAUAUUUUCAAUUCAGGAUUGUUCGUGAUAAAACCUGCCAUUAGCACAUAUUCUGAACUAUUCAGGAUCAUUUCUGACCUGUCAAUUUCCAAUUCUUUCGAUGGGGCCGACCAAGGGUUGCUCAAUGAAUAUUUCAACCUGCAUGGGAAAUUCAAUCACCAGGGGAAACAAGUUUGGAAACCAUUAUCAUUUCUUUAUAACGUCACACCAACCGGACAGUAUCAAUAUAAUCCGGCAUUCAAGAGGUUUUCCUCCGAAAUUAAAGUGUUACAUUUCAUUGGAUCUAUUAAGCCUUGGAAUAACCUUAUUCAGUAUUAUGAAUCAUCAUCAACGCUUGAGAAGAAUGGUGACGACGGGAGUUAUGAUUCAUUAGUGCUUCUUUGGUGGAAACAAUGGCACGAAAAUUAUGACGGUUGUGAUAUCCAAUCAGUAUGUAAAGUCAAUGAAUUGAAUAAUUUCCCCCAGGAUUUCAAUUUCGGGAAAUUCGAACCGGAAAAUAAUUUCGCCCAAGAAAUCGCCAACGCCCAAGGGUUUAACAGAGAUCAUCUUGACUAUCAUGUCAAUGGGAAAGUUAACAAUCAAUCUUUGUAUCAAUUGAAUAAUGAAGAAGGAGCACAACAUGUACCAAUCCCUUUGCCAUCAAUAGAAGAAUUGUUGAACCGAAAAAAACACGCCAACAAAUCGGAUUCCCAAGAUGAUCAUGAACACUUUUUCUCUGAGGAGCAACAACCACGAGAUAACGGUAUCCAUGCAAAUAAUAAUAAUAAUAAUAAUAAUAAUAAUAAUAAUAAUAAUAAUAUUACCACAAAUGAUUUGCAGAACGCCUAUAAUAAUUUGUCUAUUGAAGAUUCCAAAAUCAUCAACAUAAUGUUCCCGCCAGUCCACGAUACUGAACGACAUUUUGCCAAUUCCGGCGCAUGGGAAUACUAUGACAAUGCUACGAUUUCCAAGCCAUCAAGUGUCAAUCGUGACCAAAUCAUGGCGUUUUUGGUUGAUCCACAUACAUAUUCCAACUUCGAAAGCAUCGGGGUCUCCAAAGAUGUAUGGAACCCGAGAUUCCAAGAUCCAUCGGAAGUGAAAUCGGGACCUCAAGCUCAUAAAUUUCGAGUGUCGUCUAGCGCACCAAAGACCCUGCCAUUCGAUAACGCUGCCAAAAUGGGGAGCACUGGCGAUGCGGAAUUAAACAAGAAGCAUAAUAAACGGAUUGUUGAGGCGUAUAAUGGAAUGUUGACAAAUGCAAGAGUGUUUACCACUAAAGCCAAUUCCCAAAUAAUACUUGACAUUGCCAACGAAAAGUCCGGAAGAUCUUUACGGAAUUCGAAUGAAAAAUUGAUAGAAAGUGAAGAGCAGCCCCAAAACCCUUGGUUGAGGGUUGGAAACCGGGUCCAAUAUCAAUGGAAUACUAACCAAAGAGAAUUUGAAAAGACCCACCAAGAAAGACAAGACUGGUUGUCAAAAGAGGCCCAAGCAAAAGAAGGAUGGUUGCAAAAAGAGGCUGAAGCGAAAAAUGCUACAAGACUCGCCGAAGAAGAGUGGCUAAGAAAAGAGAAACAAGCCAAAGAGAAAAUUGCAUGGUUAGAAAAUGAGAAGAUUCUACAAGAAAACUGGUUAAGAAAAGAAAAAGAUGCCAAACAAAGACAAGAUAGAGAAAGGCAAGAAUGGUUGGACAGUGAACGGAAGGCCAAAGAUGAAUGGUUACGGAAAGAAAAAGAGGCUAAAAAUCGACAGUGGAAGGCGAAGCAUGUCAGUGCUUAUUCCUCCUCCUCCUCAUCAGUCACCCCGAUCCCUGGAUCGGCCACUAACUUGAAUGCAUUCGAGCCAGAACGUACCUUUGAUGUCGAUUUCACAAAUCCUUCUGAAAAUAAAAGCUAUGAUGCCAUUACUUCUUCUUUUGACUUUUCACUCCAUGAAUGGUCGCAUUCUUCAAAAUUUCGCAAAAUUUUCAACCAACAAACAGCAACUCCCACUACCACCACCACCUCAACUCCAUCAAAACCAACCAAGCGCCGAGGAUCCAAAUCCAAAAAACCGCUUGCCCCUUCCCCUCCAUCCCCUAGCUCGCUGAAACCAUUGAAAAGCAUCUUGAAAAAACCUUCAAUCACCUCAUUAUCUCCAGUCCUGGCAGAAAGUAUUCCAACCUACAGUAACCCACAUCAAGCUGCCAUUGCCCAAGAAACCGCGAUGACGGUUCAAAACAUCAAUGAUAUCAAACAUGAAUCGCAGCAGAUCUUGACCAGUGUCAAUGAAUUUGCCUCGUGUUCCAUCAAUAGUUUUGGGUCUCCAACAUCAUCCGAUUUGGCAAACCAGUAUGCAGAAUACGAUGACGAUGAUCUGUCAAGUGUCAUAAGCGAAUUCAUGGAUAUGAGCUCGUUAAAUACUUUUGAUAAUGAAGUUAAAAGUAAUUUAGCCCAAGCGUCAGUUCUUGAACACGAAAAGAUGUCUGACAAACGGAAACCAUUCUAUCUGGAUGAUAAAAUGGGCUACAAUAAUGCCGCGAUUGCUAAUAAUUUUGAAGAGUCUGACCCAAAAGAGUGA